AUGGAUCAUCCAAUCAGUUCAUCUUAUUCUCAGAAUAUUGCUUGCGGAUCCACAACAACAGAACAGAAGAACAAUGACCGAGAAGAAGACACAAAUGGCACUUGUCUACCUGCAGUGAAUGAAUGUAUUCUCACCACCAGUCCCAACAAGCACCGAAGAAUCUCCAGUCGUUACACACAACUCAGAAAACAACUUCGUGCAUGCAAUAAUUUCAAAGAAAAUUAUUUUGUAUUAGAAGUGAACAAACCUUCUGCCGCUGCUAUUAAGAAGCAGAGAAAAACCUCCAACAAUCCAAAAAAGACAAAUAGUUCGAAAAAGAGAAGGCAACAACAAGUUCAGGAUACCCUGAUGAAGAGGGAAGAAGAUUUCUCUCCCGAAAAUAACUUGCAAGUCAACAUGUCAAAUGCCAACACCUCUUUGACAGUGUCUUCAAACACAACCUCAUUUCAACCUUCCCAGAACUGCAAUAAUUGUACAGUAAUUACCACUCCUUCAAAUACUUCCAAUUCUUCUUUGGAACGAGUUCAACUGUUGCAAACCAUCCUCUCCAUAAUGUUGCAAAACAUGAAAAGUGGUGGAAACAAUUCAUCCACGAUGAACAUGAGAUCAUCAUACACCACCUCUACCAGCAGUCCUUCUUCAAAUAUUAACCUCAUGAUGAUGAACAAUUUGUCAUUUGGAACACUCUUGAGUGAACAACAAGAAUUACAACAACCAUCAUCCUUGUCGUCAUCAUCAUCGUUGUAUAUCCCACUUGAAGAUUUGAAUCUUCUCACUUCUGAGAAUAGAUCAACGAGUCAUUUCAUGGAUAUGAGUUUGAUGAAUUUCACCUUGUUUCAAGACUGGAAUCAAGAAAUCAUCCACUCGGUACUUGGCAGUCACACAAACUCUUCAAUGAUGAUGUCUUCAGUAACCAAUUCCAAUGCAUGUAUUCCUCCCACUGCUUCCUCCACCACUCAAGAUGAUGUGGCGUCAAGCUCACUCCCUAAUUCGACCACUUUGGAUGAAUUGCUGGAUUUGUUAUAG